GAGCGGGCCGGGGGGGGGCCAGGAUUCCGCCCGCUUCAAACGUGGUGGGCCCCCAAUCUGUCCGCCUCCGCCAGACGCCGACGUCCGCCCGCAGCAGCAGCAGCUCCGUCCCUAGCGCGGGUUAGCAUGGCUGCGGAGCAAGCCCCGCUGCUCGAAGGGAUGGUCGGGAUUCCGCCGGCGCCGUUCGCCAGCGCCCUGUCACCAGGGGAGCCCUCGGGCCAGCGGCUGCCGCAGGCCAUCGCCCACCGCGGCUACAAGGCCGCGUACCCGGAGAACUCCAUGGGCGCCUUCCGCGGCGCCGUCGCCGUCGGCUCCCGCGCCGUCGAGACGGAUCUGCAUCUGUCCAAGGAUGGCGUCGUCGUGCUCUCCCAUGACGCCACGCUGGAACGGUGUUUCGGCCGGAAGGAGAAGAUCGCGGCCUGCGACUGGAGCUACCUGCGCGGUCUGCGGACGACGAGGGCGCCGCACGAGGCGAUGCCGAGGCUGGUGGAUCUGCUCGCGUAUCUGGCGCAGCCGGGGCUCGAGGACAUCUGGGUCCUACUGGACGUCAAGAGAGAUGACGACCCCGACGAGAUUAUGGGUAGGACGGCUGCCGCCAUCGCGUCUGUCCCGGCGUCUAGGCCGUGGAGGGACAGGAUCGUUGUGGGGUGCUGGAAUGCACCAUACAUCGAACUCUGCAAAGAAUACCUCCCCGGCUUCCCUGUAGCCUUCAUCGGCUGGUCGCUACUGUACGCAUCCAAGUUCCUCCGCGAGCCCAACGUCAACUUCAACCUCAUCCAGCAGGCGCUCGCGGGCCCGUGCGGCACGCGCUUCAUGGCGGCGGCCCACCGGGCCGGGCGCAGCGUCUUCGCGUGGACGGUCAACGAGGAGGAGUGGAUGGAGUGGUGCAUCCGCAAGGGGGUCGACGGCGUCAUCACCGACGACCCGAAGCUCUUCCUAGAGGUGUGCGAGCGCUGGUGCGGUGAGGCCGGCAAGGCGGCCGGCGACGACCGCCGGGGUGGGGCGCGGCCGAGCGCGCUGAGGCGAGUCAGGCAGUUCACCGCCGUGGUCAUCGUGCAGCUGUUGGCUACGCUGAUGACGGGGUUGCUGUUCUAUAAGAGCGGGGUGAUGGAGCGGAAGCGGCGGCGGAAGAUGCGCUCGUAGAAGAUAGAAGGUAGGGAUGCUUACUCUUGUGCACGCUUUUCCCUUUUUUCGUUGUUGGUGGGGUGGCACUUCCUUAAAUGUUUGACGGGGAUAGACGAUACGAUCAUGCUUAUGACUGGGACUGGGUUUUUUCUCUUUGACUUGGGA